AGCUUGCCAGGUUCUCCCGGGACCCCGUACUAUUGACUAUAGAUUUGUGCAGCACUUUUCACAGGAGCAUAAUAGCUAGAACUAUCACAACUAGCCGCACCAGAAGUAGCACCAAUGAUCCAGCUGCCAUAGUGGUGAGGUGGCUUGCUGAAAUUUGAGAGAGUAGCUUCGCGCAGCAGGGUAGUAGUUUGUGUAUGUGACUGUGUGUGAGUAGUUGUUGAAGCAGUUGAUCUUGAUUCAUUUUUUUGUCGUCGCGAUUUCUUCCGCUGAACCUGAAGUAUCUUCCGUCCAUUGUUUGAGGCAGGCAUUGCUUGCAAGAUGAUUCAGAAACGCGACUUGUUUCUGUGUCUCUUUGCGCCGCUGGGUUUUUUCGCGAAAAGAACUCUUGCAGAGUCCUCUAGCGGGGUGGAGCCACUCCAGAUUCAUGGCUUCAAUGCGGAGUUGGACGGAUUACCCGACAUUGCUCCUUUCGCAGAUCGCAUUUUUGAAGAUUACCGAUGGGCAAUGGAUCUGCCGGACGCUACGCUGAAACCGAUAAUCAGGCUCAUGGAAAACAACAUCCAAGUACUAGCAGCUCAAGAAUCUUACAACUCUGGAAAAUCUGGAUGGAGCGAUUUCGUCGUCAAUGGGGAAGCGAUUCACACAAGGUUGAGCGGAUUUGUGAAAUUUUUUAACCAAAAACUGGAAGCAUUGUCGAACAAGUUGACGGAUGAGGAGAGAGAAAUCGUUAAGCAUCCUCUGGACGAGGACGAGGUGGACGGCCUCAAGCCCAACUCGCUUCCCCCUGCCGUGGGACUCGAGUCGAAAAGGGUGGAAGUGUCAGAAAAAGUGGCAAAAUUUCUGGUUGAAUUGGAUGAUCAACUGGUCGAAGAAAAGUACGCAUUAUUGCGAGAAGAUGUAAACAAUUGGAUGACGCAGGCACGGUACGAACAGCAGACGAGGAGGCAGGCCGAUUCCUCACCCCGGAUUCAUGGCUUCAAUGCGGAGCUCGAUGGAUUACCCGACAUUGCUUUCGCAGAUCGCAUUAUUGGAGUUCACCUCAAUUAUUAUUAUACAAUAAUUCAGCCGAUCGAUACUCUGGAAAUGAUAAAACAACGCAUGGAAAACAGCAUCGAAAUGGCUCGAUCUUACAUCAACUCUGAAGAAUCUGAAUGGCGCAAAUUGGUCGACGAGGGGGAAGCGAUUCACGAGAGGUUGAGCGAAUUUGUGGUUUUUUUUCGCGAAAUGCUGAAGACAUUCUCGGAAGGGUUGACGAAAAAAGAGACAGAAGUUGUUGACUAUUUUCUGGACGGCUUCAUGACUCCUCCCGAGGACCUCGAAUCGAGAAAAGUGGCUCUGUCCGAAAAAGUGGCAAAAUUUCUGGCACAGUUGGAUGCGCAACUGGUCGAAAAUCGCUACGCAACAUUGCGAACAAAUGUAAACGACUGGCUGACGAGGGCGUACGUGAUGUACGAGCAGCAGGAGAGUCAGAUCGUUUCCUCACCCAUGAAGACAGAGGGCAGGUCAGAAAUGCCCGACGUUAAACGAGAGCGAGCGGGGCAGAGCAAGACAACCGCAAGCGGGAGGCUUUCGUGGGUGUCUCAACAAGUGUUGCGACCUGGUCGACGACUUGUUUCUUCUUUUUUUCCGCAACGGCGGUCGUCCUUUUUACAAGAAGAACGAGAGCAGGAGCCCAUCCUGGAAGAACACGCCAGUGCGGAUGAACAACCGCCACGCAUGCCCGGGACGGCCGUACAGCCUGCUGAUGUGCAGGGGGAUGAAGGUGAAAUCAAUGAGCAGAUGAGAGGAAGAACGGAAAAACAAGAACCGAUGCAGAAAGAGCGGCAUUUACUGCCGGCAGAAGUGUCAUCAAAAUCUGGGUGCCUGGGAGAUCAGCAAACCGACUCGCCGUCUUGCACUCGGCAAAUAGAUGAAGCCGCAUCUUCUGACUUCAGCCUGAAGAUGAUCAUGAACGGGUACGAGUACUACCUCGGCGGAGCAGCAGAUGCGUUGUCGGGCAUCAAGAGGCAUCUGGACUGGGCGGCUGUCUUUUUCUGCUUCCUGCUACUUGCCGUUGUCGCGACGCUGGCAUCCGUCGUCCUGUCUUACCUUCUCAAAUGGCGCAAGACGGACGUGAAAUCGCCAGCGGAGCAGAAGUCCAGGCCCGUCGUGGUCAGCAACAAAUGCGCUUGCGGUCGGGAUGCAGUGACGAGCGCCGAAAGUUCUAGAACUGAAAAUCAGAAGGAGCAGGGGUCUAGAAGCAGUGCGAACCGCAAUCUGCAGCUUGCGCUGGAGACGCGCGCCGUCGUAUACAACGCGGAAAAGCGCGCCGAGUUUUUAUCAUGUUGAAGAGUGCCCUAGCCCGUGCCCGCCCAGAAGGUUGGGAUGGUCUUCCUGUGGCUUUGAACGAAACGCAACAGUAGACUCCUUACAAAUAUCAAUAUGUUUGUAUCACCUCCAUAUACACUUACAUUUCGUCCAACCUGGGGUAAAUUAACAUUCCAUGCAACAAAACGAAAACCUGCUGUCUAUGUCUUGCAUUGCGGUUGUCCUCCUGCAGUAGAGUCGGUGCUUAUGGUCAUCUUCGUCAUAUCGAAGCCAUAGGACUGGCUUGGUUUCUGAUUCUGAUACAAAUCGCGUCGCGUUCCCCUUAGGCGGAACAAAAAUUCUCCAUGAUGAUGUGGAAAGUCUGUUGGUUUACAAAGUCCUUGGCGUUCGCGGUUUGGAGCACUUUUCCUUUGCAGAGUUUUCCUCCUCAGCCUCCGAGAGCGAGGAAUGCCAAAGCAGGCGUCCGAUGUUGCACUAUCCCGAAUCACUCGCUGGCGAAUGCGACGAAAAAUUGCGGAAGAAAUCGCACUCCGGACGAGAUUGAGUGGCAGGAAUAAGGGUUGGGUUUGGUUCAUUCGUCUUCUUUUAUUUGCUUUAUGGUGCAUGAAAGGAUUUGUACCCGUGGCGAUAAUUUUCUAAUUCUACCUCGAAGUAUUUACUCUGACUAUAGCCUUUUAUUGUAGCUGCACCAGUACUAGAGCUAGUGUUGGUAACUAAUGGUAUCUGUUUUGUUUUGAGAAAUUACGACCGUUUUUGCAAGUGUUACUACUCGUUUGUUUUUUUUUCUUCAACAUAUUGAUUGUUUAUGCAUAUCUUUGUUUCACCUUCACCAUUUUCGAUUGCUUGAGUCGAUCGAUUUCUCGCUUACUUUGCCUUGUUUUCAGUCAGCUGUGUUGUCCCCCCUCAUUAUAAAAAAGUGCAAAACGUUAACGUAGACAUACUCACUGUACAAACGCAACACCCCAUAGCACGAAUCAUUUCUUUUUUAGUUUCA